AUGUCCGGUCGCGGAAAAGGAGGAAAGGGCCUUGGCAAAGGUGGUGCUAAGCGCCAUCGUAAAGUUCUUCGUGACAAUAUCCAGGGUAUAACAAAGCCUGCCAUUCGCCGCUUAGCUCGUCGAGGUGGAGUAAAAGGAAUUUCUGGCCCGAUAUACGAAGAAACUCGCGGAGUGCUUAAGGUUUUUCUGGAGAAUGUGAUUCGAGAUGCCGUUACUUACACAAAACACGCAAAAAGGAAAACCGUCACUGCUAUUGUUGUCGUCUAUGCGUUACAAGGUCGGACACUAUAUGGUUUUGGGGGUUACGAUAUGAGCUAG